AUGGAUGCCACGUCGUCCGUCUCGGGCCGCCUGAAGCGGCUCACGCUGGACAAGGGCCGGUUCCGCGGCUUCUUUGGCAGCUGCGUCAAGACCGACACCGUUCAUGUGGUUGCCGACGCGGCCGAGAAGAAGAUUACGAUCACCAACGAGGCACAGACCGUGACCCACACGACCUUUGACUGCAACACGCAGGCUACGUCGGUCGAGCCAGACGCCGCCAGCGCCCACGCGAUGUUGCUCAAGUCUGGCGACGAGCGCGUAACGGUGGCCGCGGCGUCGGCGCCGGAGCAGUCGUCGUGGAUGGAAGCGUUCCAGCGCGCCGGCGCCACGAUUCGCCGGGCGACGACCAUUGACCCGACGCUUGCCAAGUCGUUUUUCGAGCUCGAGAGCUACGACAUGCAAGGGCACUGCGUGCCCAUGGAGACGUACCGCGGGCGCCUCAACUACACUCAACUCGUCGAGCUCGACAACAAGUACCGCGACCGCGGUCUGCAGAUCCUCGCGUACCCGUGCAACCAGUUUGGCGGCCAAGAGCCCGGCACGAACGAAGAGAUUAUGGCCUUCGUCGCCGGCUUCAACGCGACGUUUCCGUUUUUUGAGAAGGCGGACGUCAACGGCGACAACACGCAACCCGUGUACGCGUACCUCAAGAGCAAGCUCACGGGGACGCUCGGGUCGGCGAUCAAGUGGAACUUUACCAAGUUCCUCGUGGAUCGCAACGGCCAGCCGUUCAAGCGCUACAGCCCGCAGACGGCGCCGAUGGACUUUGAAGCCGACAUUCUCCAGCUGCUCGACCAAGCGCAGUAA